AUGUCAACUUCCAAGAGAAGCUUGAGCCUGGAGAUAGAAAAGAAGAAGACCGAGGCCAAGUUACUCUUGAGAAGAUUUUCAAGCAGCAAAGGUCGAACAGAUCAAAUCCAAACUCAAACCUCAUCACCACGAAUCACUCCCUCUGAUCCCUCGCCGCGUGGGAAUAAACGUGCAUUUCUUUGCGCAGUCACCUACAAGAAGCAAAAGUACGAGCUCAAAGGAACUGCACAAGAUGUCAAAAACAUUCAAGAUUUACUCCUCACAAACCUCGGAUUCCCACCCGAAUCCAUCCUCGUUCUUGCAGAGGAUGAUUUUAACUUGCCUCCGACCAAGGCAAAUAUCGAAGAAGGCUUUCGGUGGCUGAUGAAGGGAGUUCAGCCAAAGGACUUGCUUGUAUUCUACUUCUCCGGGCAUGGCUUGAGACAGCGCGACUUUGUCCGGGACGAGGUUGAUGGAUUCGAUGAAACCAUCUGCCCUCUCGAUUUUCAAACUAAUGGAAACAUCGUGGAUAAUUACAUCAACAAAGUCCUUGUUCGACCAUUGAUCAAAGAUGUCAAGCUUCAUGCUAUCAUUGAUUGCUGCCAUAGCGGAACUGUUCUCGACUUGCCCCUCGUGUACAACAUGGUUAAGGAAAAAUGGGAAGAUAACAGACCUCCUUCCGGCGACUAUAAAGGUACGGCCGGGGGAACGGCGAUCUGCAUCAGUGCGUGCGAGGAUUACCAAUUGGCGGCAGAUACAACAGCUUUUUCAGUCGAGAAAGAAAUGAACGGCGCGAUGACAUGUGCAUUUAUAAAGGCGAUCAAAGAGGCAGCCAACAAACAGGAAGGAAUAACUUACCAUGGCAUACUGCAUUCCAUGCACGACACCCUCGAGCAAGCACACGAAUCAGGAUGUUUCAUUCCAGGAAUACGCAGGAUCUUCCAUCGAAGGAUCUUACAGGUACUUAGUCGAAACAAUGAGCAAUACAGACUUUUAGAAUCUAUUGCUUUAUGGAGAAAAUUUAACAACUUUAUUUAUGGACAAAUGUUCAGGAUCCAUUACUGUCAUCUUCAGAAAAGUUCGACAUCGCUGCCACAAAGUUCGAGCUAUAGUUAUGCAGAAUGA